AGUUCGCUGUGGACUCGUGCACGCUGAUCCGUGUCGCGCGCGCCUCAGUCUCUCGUUCUCAGCGCGUGGAAACAGCAGCUGUGCCGUCAGAUGCAGCAGCACUGAAGAGCAACGACGGGCAACAUUUCGCCAUUCAGCUUCAUUCACGUUUAUUUUGCAGGAUUAUUACGCCGAAUCACACCGAGGCUCGGAGCAGGCUUGAUUCAGACCGGUUCCUGUUAUGAGUUCCUGAGUGCCCCAUUCUCCCCAGCCAGCUGUCUUGGAAGAGCAAGGGCUCAGGUGACAGCAGUGGCACCCAGAGAAACAAACACUGACGACCGGCCAUGGCGAGCGCAGCAGACGGCAUCGGCAGUUUGGGAACCGAGCAGAGCCACAUCAACGUUCCCGUGGCCGAUCCCAGUGCCUGGGCCACCGCCAUGAACAACCUGGGCAUUGUGCCGAUGGGCUUAGCCGGGCAGCAGCUGGUAUCAGACUCAAUCUGUAUACAGGGUUUUGACCCCAACCUAGGCAUCAUCACCCCAAUAAACCCCAUGAUGGCUGGCAUCAGUCUGGUCCCGCCUCAUCCUGUGGCAGCAGAACUUCCCGUUAUUAAGGAAAUCAUCCACUGCAAGAGCUGCACGCUGUUCCCGCAGAACCCCAAUCUUCCUCCUCCCUCCACGAGAGAGAGGCCUCCAGGGUGCAAGACGGUGUUUGUUGGUGGGCUUCCAGAGAAUGCAACAGAGGAGAUCAUCAAAGAAGUGUUUGACCAGUGUGGAGAGAUUGUUGCCAUCCGCAAGAGCAAGAAAAACUUCUGUCACAUUCGUUUUAGUGAGGAGUUCAUGGUGGACAAGGCCCUCUACCUCUCUGGUUAUCGGAUGCGCAUUGGCUCCAGCACUGAUAAAAAGGAUUCGGGUCGCAUACAUGUAGAUUUUGCUCAGGCGAGAGAUGACUUAUAUGAGUGGGAGUGCAAACAAAGAUUGCUGGCACGAGAGGAGCGGCACCGACGAAAAAUCCAGGAGGACCGGCUGAGACCUCCAUCACCUCCUCCCAUAAUGCACUACUCUGAGCACGAGGCAGCUCUUUUGGCUGAGAAACUGAAAGAUGACAACAAGUUCAGCGAGGCAACGGCAGUGCUAUUCACAUGGGUUGAAAGAGGCGAGGUGAACCGACGCACAGCAAAUCAUUUCUACUCCAUGAUCCAGUCAGCAAACAGCCACGUGCGGCGCCUAAUGAACGAGAAAGCUCAGCACGAGGAGGAGAUGGAGCUGGCCAAAGAACACUUUAAGAAUUCCCUGCUUGCCAUCCUCACACAAUUUGAGCAGAUUACGGCUGUGUUCACCGCUGCCACCAGGCAAAAGGCAUGGGACCAUUUCUCAAAAGCGCAGCGCAAGAACAUAGACAUUUGGCGAAAGCAGUGCGAGGAGCUGAGAAAUGCUCACAGUGAAGAGAUAAUGGGAAUACGAAGAGAAGAGGAAAUGGAGAUGUCAGAUGAAGACUUGGAGGAAAACCCCUGCAAAAAGAUCAGAAUGGAGGACUCGGUGCUGUCUGCGCAGACAUGUGCUCUGCGAGAGGAAAAUGACAGUCUGCGCUGGCAGCUGGACGCUUACAGGAACGAGGUAGAGCUGCUGAAGAAGGAGCAGGGCAAGGCGUACCGUACCGAGGAGGACCACACACAAGAACAGCAGCUGCACUUCCUGCAGCAGACCAUGCAGAACAUGCAGCAGCAACUGCUUCGGCUACAGGAAGAGCUGAAAGGGAAGGAACUGGAGCUGGAGCAGGCCAGAGAUGAGCAGCGCUACCUAGAGGGAGAGGUCCUCAGCCUCCGGGAAAAGCUGUUGAACGCCAUGGAAUCGGUUGAUUUGACGAACCACAACUCUGAAGGGCAUGAAAAGGGAGUCAAUGGCACCGCUGCACUCUACCACCAUCGAGAGAAGAAUAACGAGGCGGUCAUUUGGGGUCCUUUGAGAUCAGAGAAAGAGGCUCUCUUGCUCGGAAUCAUUUCAACCUUCCUCCAUGUCCACCCAUUUGGAGCCAACAUUGAAUAUCUGUGGUCUUACAUCCAGAGACUUGAUACAAAGAUCUCGGCCAGUGAACUUGAAAGAUUAAUGGUCCGGCUGCCCAACAUGUUCAAGCAAGAGUUCAGUGGGGUUGGAGCGACGUUGGAGAAACGCUGGAAGUUCUGCGGGUUUGAGGCUCUGAAGUCGGCGUGACUCGCAGAGCCACAUACAUUGACGCUGAGGUUGCUGGACCUCUGGAGGACUGAUCCAGGUUCAGCGAGAAGUGCCAGAGCCUCAUAGACAAACAACAGGCUCUACACCCCCGUAUACCACCUCAGAUCAGAUGGCUGUCGCUCUUUCUUGCAGACUCUUGAGAGGAAGUAAGACUCUACAUGUGGCGCAGCAUCAGAUGUAUUUACUUGAAAAAGCUCUAUCCAGACUUCUGUGCCGAUUGCGUAACUUAUCUGUCAGUGGUGUCGUCCCUGAAGGCUGGGAGAUAUCCAGGAAUAUCGCGCCUCUCGGUUAAAAAUACGGAAUGUUGAAUGUGGGACACAGAUGUGUGAUUGCGGCCCUCUGCGCCUAUCAAAGCCAGAGUGUGUGUGUGAAGAUGAUUUCUGCUCUGAAAAAUGAUUUAAUACAUGGCCAAAGUGCUGGAGCUAAUAGACAACAGUUGCACAGCUGACGCUCUUUGGACAGUUUGCUGUGUUUCAGGCCAUCCAUGUUGUGUAGAUGAUGUACGUAACAUGCUCUUCAUGUCUUGAUGCACUGUUGUUAAUGGUCUGCUUAUGUAAAUUAUGAUUUUUAAAAAAAAAAAAAAUCAAUUAAAAAACUUUUUAUCCAAAAUCUAAUGCAGUAGUACUUAGAGAAAUCAAAGUCUUUACUAGCCAGCUUUGGGUGCCAUUUACCAUAGUACUGAAUGCAGAAUUGAAAACAGAACAAUUUUGAAAACAAACAAGAAUUGCGUUGUUUUCAACUACUGAAAUUCCAUAAAUGUCAUUCCAGUUUAAAGGGGACCUAUAAUGCCCCUUUUACAAGAUGUAAUAUACAUCUCUGGUGUCCCCAGAAUGUGUCUGUGAAGUUUCAGCUCAAAAUACCCCACAGAUCAUUUAUUAUAGCUUGUCAAAUUUGCCCCUGUUUGGGUGUGAGCAAAAACACACCAUUUUUGUAUGUGUCCCUUUAAAUACAAAUUAACUGCUGCUCCCGGCCCGCUUUCCAGAAGGAGGGCAGAGCUUUAACAAGCUUAGGUUGCUCAACAACAACAAAGCUGGAGAAUCUCACACAGCCAAAAUGACGAUUGUCAGUAAUUUGUUCAGCCUCACAUUGUUCAAACCAGAGUCUGACACUGAUGGAGAGACUCAGGAAGAAGUUACAACUAUUAGAAUGCAGCUGGAAGUUUCUGAAUGGUUAGCGGAUAAAUUAAUGUACUUGCUGUGGAGUUGAUUCAACUCAUUGACUAGCAUGUGCUGUCAUGUUAAUCUUUUGUGUAAAUCCAGCGUUGAAUUGACCCUCGUUUCUAAAGCAGUCUGGUGUAAAAUGACGGCAUGGUACCAACACUCUACUACAACAACUCUUCCUCUUCUCUAAAGCAGACCAACAUGUUCUCGGGGGCAGGGUUUAUGUAAAUUUUAGGGUUAGUGAUGUCACUAACCUGGGAAGAAACUUGUUGUAAUCCCUACCAGCAAAAUCAUCAGAGUUAAAUCAACUCUGCUCGGAGUACAUAUGGUCCCUCUCUAAAUAGUGUUAAAGCAACACUGAAGCAGAGUUAAAGUUAAUGAGAUAAUUAAGCGAUUAAUUAAGUGAUGAAUGAGCAUUAGUGAUGAACACCUGCUGUUAACAAACAGAAUCACUGAAGAAAAGAUAAUCCUCCUCUACUGAGAUCUUGAGAGAUAUAAUGUCUUUUAUCUUCAGUUGAUUUCAUAUAAGACUGUGGCUGAAGUCAGUUGUAGUUCUUGUGUUUCUCUUUUCUUCAGUAAUUCUGCUUGUUAACAGCAGGUGUUCAUCACUAACGCUCAAUCAUCACUUAAUUAUCUCAUUAACUUUAACUCUGGUUAAGUGUUACUUUAACACUAUUUAGAGAGGGACCAUAUGUACUCCAAGCAGAGCUGAUUUAACUCUGGUGAUUUUGCUGUGUAGUCCUUAAAAAGUGUUUUCUGUAAAAGAAAAUGCAUUGAACUUUGCAUUGAACUUUGAGCAUUGUAACUUUGCAGACAUUGUUUACGCUCAAACAGCAACAUUACACACUAACUAAAGUUAAAAAAGUGAAAUCACAAUCAACCACCCCUUUAACAUCUUUUGGGAUGUGGCCAAUUUAAAUUCGCCCUCGUGAACUGAAGGGGAGCCAGUUCUUAAAUUCUGGAUUUUGCCCAACCCCGUUCCCGGCAAUGUCUCUGAAUAUGUCAAAGCUGCCUGGUAGUGUUGUGUCUGACAUGUUUUUUGAUUCAUGUCUGGGAUAAACAACUGAACUAUCUGCCAUGAAUGCGGAGCAGAACUUCCCUAAUCACCCAGAAUAUAACAAGCUGUGAAUAAUGAAUGAGAGGGGAGGAGAAUGCUGCUCUGUGUGUGUUUAAUGUGAUCUAUUUGCUAUUUACAUCAGCCACUGAGAUGCUGUUAGCAACACAGUAGUGCAUUUGAGACCAUCUAAGCCAUUUGCAUUGUUGCUUGUCCCAGCACUGGCAUUACUUGAGGUUGUUAGAGUGAUGAAUAAUUAAUGCACAAGGAUCAAGGAUUAUGGUGAUGCAAGACCUAAAGCACCCAGAUCUGUAGAGAACCCCUUUAGUUGCUUUUGCAAUGUGUAAUUCAAACAAACAAUAGAUAUGUUGUAAAAUUCUGAGAUAUAAAAACACAAAGUUGGAUUUACAAGAAUGAACACUUCAUUUACACUGUAGAAAUGUUCUAUAUAGAGCGCUGCAGGGAUGACAUCAAAACCUGGAAGACGCCACCAGUUCCCUCGAGAUUAUCCUAUGUUUUUUUGUAAAGGAAUUUUUCAAUUUAUGAUUAAAAUAAGGUUGUGGUAAACAUA